CCUUGGCUUCCACCCACACACUCGAUAGGGGAAAAGCGAGCCCUUCCACGGUUCCACCACCCACUCGAUAGUGGAAAAGUGAGCUCGAGCGUGUCCAGCAGCUAUGGAUAACUGACGAUGGGGGUAACAAGCUUCACAGAACUCUCCCUCGAGCUCAGCGCUACCCUGAACAACUGAAGCCGAAAUGGCGAGCCUGCAGAACCUGGUCUGCUCCGUAUCCAAACAACUUGAACCCGUUGCUUGUUUCCAGCUGGCUGUGCCAAAUUGCGCGGCGACUACCAAACUGAACAGGGCUCCUCCCUCAGCUGUGGCGGCGAGCUCGAUCCAAGGAUCUUUGGACGACACCAAGGUCACGAAGAGACGGCUAGCUUUGCUUGGUGCUGGAGCGUUAGCCACUGGCCUACUGAGGACAAGCUCUGCUGCGUUCGCUGAAGAGGUGCCGAAGAAUUACAAGUCGUACGUGGACGCGAAAGACGGGUACUCGUACCUUUAUCCAGCUGAAUGGAGGGAUUUCGACUUCUUGGGUCAUGAUUCUGCGUUCAAAGACCGCAACCUGGCCCUUCAGUGUGUUCGUGUGGGGUUCAUUCCUACCGAGAAAACAGACAUCCGCGACCUAGGACCGAUGGAUGAGGCCAUCUUCAACCUGGUAAACAACGUCUACGCUGCCCCGAACCAAAUACCGUCGAUCUACGACAUGCAAGAGCGCACCGUGGACGGCAAGAACUACUGGACGUUUGAGUACGAUCUGGAGGCUCCGGGCUACGGCGUUUCUGCGUUUGCGACGGUCGCCAUUGGAAACGGUCGGUACUACACGCUGAUCGUGACCGCGAACGAGCGCCGGUGGAGCAGGCUGCGGAACAGGCUCAAAGUCGUCGCGGACUCCUUCAAGAUCUCGGACCUGACGGCGUGAUCGCUUGCUUCUGUGACGGCCUCAUGAGCAUGGUGCGGCAACUUGUUUAGCGAAAGAUGGGGGGGGGGGGGGGGGGGGGGGGGGGGGGAAUGUGGUUGCAUUGCUGUCGGUUCGUGGCUCCCAAAAUUACACGCUCCGUGAACAUGUCGGUGCAACACUAAUAUUACAGAGGCGAGAGACACCACAAGCACGAGCCUCUGAAAGAAUGUUUCAGCUCAUAUAUUACAACAAUUACAAUGCCCUCCAAACUUGCUAACUAUUUCCAGAAUUACUUGGAUCUGCAAGCUAUUUUUUUUA